UUUUUUUUUAAUUAUUUACUUAUACAUCUUAAUCAAUCAUGUCAGAAGCAACUACUGCUGCUACUACCACCAAUACUACUACAUCAUCAAUCAUUCCUAAUACUGGCAAGGCAACAAACGUGAAAUUAGUUCUAUUAGGUGAAUCUGCUGUUGGUAAAUCAAGUCUUGUUUUACGAUUUGUGAAUCGAGAAUAUUCUGAAAAUAGGGAACCUACUAUUGGAGCGGCAUUUUUAACUCAAAAAUGCCAUUUGAACGAUCGUACUAUCAAAUUCGAAAUUUGGGAUACUGCUGGUCAAGAACGUUUCCAUUCACUUGCUCCAAUGUAUUAUCGAUGUGCUCAAGCUGCGGUAGUUGUGUAUGAUAUUACUAAAUCUGCUACCUUAGACAAGGCCAAAUCAUGGGUGAAAGAAUUACAACGUCAAGCAAAUCAAGAUAUUGUCAUUGCUCUUGUUGGAAAUAAAUUGGAUCUUGUAGAAGAAGAUGAAACUGAACGACAAGUGCAAACUGAAGAUGCUAAAGCUUAUGCUGAUGAAGCUGAUUUACUUUUCUUUGAAACUAGUGCGAAAUCAGCUCAAAAUGUGGAUGCUGUAUUUGCUGCUAUUGCUGAAAAGAUUCCUUUGGAAUAUAUCAUGUCGAAUCGUAAUGCAGCAGGUCGUCAAUCUGGUGCUAACCGUGUGGAACUUUCUCAACCUGGACCUCAAACUAGUGGAUCUUGUGCUUGUUAAGAUAAUAUUUGGAUACUCUUUUCUAUACUAUUCUCUUUUUAUUUUUAUAUUUUGUUUUUCAUACCCCCUUCCAAUCUUUUUUUUUUAUCUAUCAUCUCUCUCUCUAUCUAUUCUAGUUUUAAACCCUAUUCACCUUCCCCCCUCCCCUUUGUUCUAUAGCUAGAUUUCCUGCUUUGUCGUAAAAAAAAAAAAAAAAAAAAAAAAAGCGAAAAAAAAACUCUCAUCCAAUAAAUUUUCGACUCC